UCUUCUCUCUGUCGCCACGUACGGCUUAAUAGUUUACACUGCGUGCGUUGAACUAUAAAAAUUCUCGAUUCAUUUAGCGCUUCUUCUAAUUGUGUUGCUUAAAAUAGAGGUAACUCUCAUUAUCAAUGGCUUCCGCGAAACGCGAGCUCCAACCUCAAGGCGAAUCUGAACCUGAGCAGCCUGAGUCCAAAAAGGCAAGGUCUUACCGGAAACGCGUGGUUCUCAACCCUGCUGAUUGCAAUUUAGAUUUCAAUAUUGAAAACGAUGGUGUCAAGGGCUUUGCACUUCACGAAGGAGGGUUUGCUUAUUGUUGGUCUGGUGCUCGUGCAAAUGUUGGAAUUACUGCAGGGAAGUACUGUUUUGGUUGCAAAGUUAUCGCUGCGCAGACAGUUAAUAUGGAAGACACACCCCCAGAUCAGCAGCAUGUCUGUCGAAUUGGAAUUUCAAGAGGAGAUGAUGCAGUAGGAAAUCUUGGCGAGACCUCGCACAGCUUUGGUUUUGGGGGAACUGGAAAAUUCUCUACUGCUGGAAAAUUUUCAGAUUAUGGUGAAAAUUUUGGAGUUGGAGAUAUAAUUGUGUGUGCUGUAGAUCUUGAAAGUAGACCACUAGCUUCUAUAGGAUUCUCCAAGAAUGGAAAAUGGUUAGGCAUUGCAAGGGAAUUUAAUGCUGGUCCAACAGGUCUUGGAGUGGUGGAUUCUCCUACAAAACAGCUGCAAUGGGAAUCAGCACUAUUUGCUCAUGUUUUAUUGAAAAAUGUAGAGGUUCAAUUGCAGUUCAGUGCUGAAGAUGGACUCGUUCCUGAAGAAGGAUAUCAACCCUGGGCUUCAGCUAUUGAAGAUGGAAAUGCAAUAAUGGGACCUGUUUUCCCUGACAUAAAGGACUGUGAGGUAAUGAUGAUGGUGGGGUUACCUGCUUCAGGUAAGACUACAUGGGCUGAGAAAUGGGUGAAAGAACAUCCUGAAAGGCGAUAUGUUUUGCUUGGAACAAACUUGGUUCUGGAUCAAAUGAAGGUUCCUGGACUAUUGCGGAAAAAAAACUAUGGUGAACGUUUUGAUCGCUUGAUUAGUCAAGCAAAUGAAAUAUUCGAUAUCCUACUAACCAGGGCAGCUAGGACUCCCCGCAAUUAUGUUAUCGAUCAGACUAAUGUUUUCAAGAGUGCACGCAAACGUAAAUUGAGACCAUUUGCAAAUUUUCAUAAGAUUGCGGUUGUGGUAUUUCCGAAACCAGAGGAGCUGAAGUUUCGUGCAAAGAGAAGAUUUGAAGAAAUGGGAAAGGAAGUUCCGGCUGAUGCUGUGAAUAAUAUGUUAGCUAAUUAUGUUCUGCCCACGAGCAAGGAUAUGCUUGGUUCAGAUGAGUUUUUUGACCAGGUUAUAUUUACCGAACUUGGUAGAGAAGAGUCGCAGGAAUACUUGGAGGAUAUGAAACUUACUUUAAAAACCAACUUUACACCUCAUAUUUGGGAAAGUUCUGUUACUUCAUCUACUGGACCUUCAGGGCAAAAUGAAGGAGCUUUAUCAGUGAGUGGUGGACAAUGGGAGAGUUCUUAUCCACCUCAUCCUCCAUUGGUUCCAACUCCGCGUCCAGUUAAUAAUGGGUAUCAAGUUGCCAACCAAGUAAAUCAAGGACAAGCUUCUUCGUCUGGAACAUAUCAAAUUUAUCAAUAUCCCUCUGUAGUUAGAGCACCUGUUCCUUACAGUACUUACGAAAAUUAUGUUCCACAACAUAAUAGCGGGUAUUCUGGAGGUUAUGGUGCUAUUCCUGGAGGUAGACCUGACACUUACCACCAGAGCUAUGGGGCUGUUGACGCCUAUAGGUGUAACCUAAUUGAAGCUAACCCUGGUGAAAAUUUGUUGUCAUCUUCAUUUGCAUGUAACACCGCUGGAGGUCAUCAAGCUAGGCCGCAGGCUACAAGAGCGCCUACAUAUCCUUCCUAUGGUUCAAGUCAUGGAAGACCUUGGUCCUUGUCUCCAUCUUCAACUCCAUCAAGGCCUCAAUAUGGAAACUACCCUGGAAGGUACUACUAAUUGUUUACGGGUUUUUGUUCAGAGUUUCAGGAGAUAGAGAAUCUCUCGAAAUUGAAGCAAAAAGCCUGAGGACAAGUUGCAUCUCACGUGGAACUGCUUAGUUUUUGUAAGAGCUGAACCACUGGAUUCUGUAAAUAUAACUCGAGUAUAAUCCGAAAUAUCUUGUAAUAUAAAAAGGAGACUAUGCCCUUGCUGAGCUUAUUUAGAUUAUUUUGAACUUGAUAAAAAUCUAGGAUAGAUAAUGAUGUCAUUUUCAGCUACCAUGACUGGGAUCCAGUCACUGAGCACAGAGUCUCUCUUAGUUGGCUGCAAGUUUUUGAAUUCCGAAGAAAAAUGACCAAAUUUGAGGAGUCA